UUGAAGGAGCAUCUGAAUUCCGUCAAUGAGGCUAUUUGUAGCGGAGAUUUCUCUCUUCAAAAUGCUCUACAACUUGCUUUAACUAAUCUGAAAAGUUUACCUGGUCAUGUUUCGCGCGAAGUGAUUGUCAUAAUGUCCAGUCUUUCUACCGUGGAUCCUGGCAACAUCUUCUCAACUUUUGAGCUUCUUCGAGGUCACAAUAUAAGAUGUUCAGUGAUCGGCCUUGGUGCGGAACUAUUUGUGUGUAAGCAGCUUGCAAAAGUUACCAAUGGUCGAUAUGACGUGGUGCUGGAUCCAGAACAUAUGGAUGUUUUGUUGUCACAACAUACCGUUCCUCCUCCUUCCACGAAAGCUGCUGAAUGUAAUGCUAUCCGUGUUGCUUUUCCUCCACACAUCAACAUCAAAGAACGAUCUUUCUGCGUAUGUCAUCCCAUGUCCGCGCCAUUAUCCACCUCUCGCGGUUUCUUGUGUGAACAGUGCGGAGCCCGGCAUUGUUCAUUACCGGCUGAGUGUCGCGUCUGUCGCCUCACUUUAGUUUCCGCUCCUCAGUUGGCGCGAGCAUUCCGACAUCUUGUGCCUCUUCCACCGUUCGUACCAACAAAUGUAACGGAAGGGUAA